AUGAGCUUGGAUCCUUUGGCCCCCGUCGCUCCUGCGCGGGUGAAGACGCUUCUACUACCCCUGGGUCAGAUCAAAGCAGACCGAUUCGCCUCCUUCGUCGAACGACUGAACCAGCAGCAUGUUGUCCACCUCCGCGACAUCAGCGCUGAUGGCCGACCCAACAGGAACAUGUUCUCUCCUCUGGCCUACCCAGAUGGCGCUAUAAUAUACAACCUCGUUACCCACGUCCCUCCUCCUUCUCACCUCGCCCUCACUCCCUUCGACUUAUACCGAGAACCCCUUGCUAUCAUAGCUCUGGCGGAUGGCACCGAGCUACACCAAAAGAGCUUCAACAAGCGCCAAUCCAUCAAUGGCACGGGUCCGACGACUACAGAGAAGAACAUUAGAGCUUUGUACCAGGAGCUUGAGGACCUUCGCGACACCUACCCCAAGGCCUUGGUACAUCAGGUCCUGUUGUUCGAUUAUCUCAACCCCCAUGACACCGACAUUCCAAUGCCCGAAGGCCUUGUCGGAAUCCCUCCGCCUGAGAAAUGCACGGUGACUACGAUAAGAACUGUUAUGUGUGACAUCUCCUCGUUGCUCCUCGCCGAGAUGACGACACUGGCCAAGUCUUUCGAGGCCAUGACCAACAUCGAGUCUCCCGUACCUUAUUCGACCACUUCUAAGCACACUAAUGGUGGAUCCUGGGGUGGUGAAGGUGGUUACAAUACCCUGUUGAGGAGAGGUUCGAGUAUCUCCUCACGACAUUCUGUGCGCUCCAACUCCGCGGGCGGUAUCAUGGAAAAGACCCAGGCCCGCAUGUCUAUGCCAGCCAAUGCUCGCCCAGGACUCCAUUCGAGCAGUUCAACACCAGGUUUAUCAUCAACAGGCACGAAGAGCAGCUUGUCGAACCCACCCCUUACCACGGAUGGUAACACCCCGCCUCCCAGUGAUCAUUCAUCGCCAGAACAAACCCCCCUGCCAGAGACUACCGAGAAUUCUCGAUCAGCUAGUCGCGAUCGCAUAUCAACGCAAGGAUUUGGCUCUGGGGGUGUGAACGACCGCUGGAGGCAUAGAACAAAGGGUCGAGCAGCGGUUGUUGUGGGCUCCAUGUUUCUCCAGGCUGGGCGAUGGACCGAUUCGAUCAAGGAGCUUAGUGAUGGUGCUAUGGCUGCGAGGUCUGUCAACGAUCAUCUAUGGCAUGGAAAGGCAUUGGAGCUUAUUCUUGUAAACCUGUUCCUUCUCGGCUGGUCCAACAUCGAAUUCCAUGUGCCCACUGUGCUCAUCCAGUUCCCGGAUAAGCCAGCUCAUAAGCAAACACCAGACCCGACUCCUGAAGACCCCAAUCAGCCAAAGCAUCUUAGAAACCUCCAAUGGCUACUACCGGAGCUUCUGGAACGUAUUGUCGCCCUCUACUCUAGGGUUUCAUCAGACAACCUUCCUCCCUUGCCCCUAUCUGAAACCUUUAUCCGUUUUUCCAAGAUCUAUUCGGCCCUUCACUUGUGCAAUGGCUACCUUGACCAAGAGUCUUUGGCCAUGAUAGCUACCGGAAUCGUCCCUGACCAGCCAUAUGCUGCGCCGCCUAGGUUUGGCGUAACACCCUCCCGACAACAGAUUGGAACAAUGCUGUUCAAGGCAUUUCCCGCUGGAGCCUCGGAACUUCUUACCACUGUCGACCGAGCGUCUAUUCUGAGCGGUAUAGCGACUGUCCUAGGGCCUCUGGGACUUCACAGAAAGAAAGCUAUGGUGAUACGAGAACUUGUGUCUGUGCUUAUCGGUGGUCUUGUCGAGGCAAGAACCCGAGGUGCUGCAGACAUGGGCAUCCAUCCUGCUGCCGGGCUGAUGUCAUUGACUUCAGGGGGCGGAUCAAGCAGCGGCUCUAUGGCCUUGGAAAUUGGAGAAUGCGACGUCGAACAAGGCAUCGAAGCUCUGAUGACCCUUCUUUGCAAAUCGUAUGGCAUUGUGGGCUUUGAUUUAACGAGGAAGGCGGGUGCCAAGAACAACGAAGAUGUCGAUGACUCGGAUGAGGCCGUGAUUGCUAGGAUACGCGGCCAAUCCGCAGCUCGUUUCUUUGGGUUCCCCGACGUUAAGCUUAAUAUUCUGAGGGCUUGUAUCAACUUCUCAGAAGCCCUGCCAGAUUUCGAUGGUGUCCUGCGAUUCUCGAGCGAUCUCUUGCGAACAGCUGGUUCAGGCGUUGCUCCAGGACCACGGCGGGAGGAUGCCUCUCCGAUUAUCAACCGGGAUGAGCAAGUACGACUAGCUACCGGAAUAUCAAGAACUGCCAAUCUUGUGCAGAGAUUGGGUUAUACCGAUAUAGCAGCCGAGUACUGGGACGAGUUUUUCGUAAGAGGCAUUAAGCUUGAGCCCUCACUGAACAGCAAGACACCGGUAGCUCACUCAAAGAGCAUUCUGCCUGGUGCCACCGCUAGUCGGGCAUCGCAGGAUGUUGACCCUUUCAUCUACAAUCCAUUCUUGAAGAAACCUGAUGAGCAAGUCGCGCAGACACUUGUGGCCGAUGAAUAUGCUACAUUCAAGAUCACACUGCAGAACCCAUACGAUAUCGAAGUAGAUGUCGAAUCCAUCCACCUGGCUACCGAUGGUGUGAAGUUUGACGCUGUCAAGGAAGCAACAAUGGUCGGACCAUACCGAACACAAGUGAUACGAUUAAGAGGAAGAGCCAAGGAAGCAGGAACCGUUAAAGUCACUGGUGCCAUGAUCAAGGUUCGAGGAUGUCGUGAACGACGGUUCCCAGUCUUCUCCAUGCCGUGGACACCCAAACAGGAACUAAAGGUGAAGGCUAAGGGUUUGGCUGCACUUGAGGAAGCAGUAACGGACAUCAAGCCUUUUGCUCCAAAGCUCGAGACUGAAAGCUUGAGUCUGACUGCGAUUCAGGCACAGCCGCUAGUUGUCGUCAAGUCUACGACCCUCGCACAAUCUUCGAUCAUGAUUCUUGAAGGUGAGAGGCAGUUAUUCUCUGUCACAUUGCAAAAUCUCGCUGCUACACCCGUGGACUUUAUGCUCUUUUCUUUCAAAGACUCCACUCAGGAGCCACUGCAAACCGCGAUCAAUAACCGAGAUGCCACACCAUCGGAGCUCCACGAGUACGAACUUGCACUGAUGAAGAAGCAAGCGUUGCGACUUCCUAGCAGCCAGCUGACUCGACAUAUUGCUCCCAACGGUGAAGCGACAUUCGAGUUUGAGAUACUGGGCAAGCCUGGGCUUACGGCGGCAACGAUCCAAGUCGACUAUACGCAUCUGGGAUGCCCGCAGGAUGAGAUGCCUGAGCAGUUCUACACUCGACAGGUUUCUCUCGAUCUAACGGUUACAGUCAAUGCCAGCGUUGAGCUUGCUCGAAUUGACGCGCUCCCGGUUCAUGGUGAGAUUCCUCAGCCCUUGUGGGAUCGAUUAGGCAGUUCCUUCACAGCCAAACCUGACGAAUAUUGUCUCUUGUCUGUGGAUCUUCGCAACGCUUGGCCAAGUCAGAUGGUGGUGCAGCUGGAGAGCAAUGACGGUAUCGCCGUUCAAGAGGAUAUUCUUCCGGGUAACACAAGUCGUGUCAUUCUGCCCGUUAAAAGGGUGUAUCUAGAGGAUCCGCAUGCCACAAUACCAACCCUGAACCCUGGGCGGAAUCGACAGUUCGUGGUCAGCGCCAGUAAGAUCUCACCCGAAAUGGAGCGAGCGAACCGCGAAGGGUUUUGGUAUAGGGAGAGGGUUCUCAACUGUCUCAGAGCGACAUGGAAGACGACGUCGCUGCCUAAGAGGAGUGGUUCCAUUGACCUGAGAAGUAUUAGGCUGACCACGCGAAUGAUCGAAGCCAUCAAGGUUGAGGAGGUUGAUAUCGAUAUCUCGGUUGCGGAUGCCAACGGUAAUGCGGCCGAGAAGGAUGUGGCCUACGUGGAUGAGUUUAUGCAACUCAAAGUGCGUGUUACAAACCGAGCAGCUCAAAAAAUCCACCCCCUCGUCCGGAUUCUACCGGCGCUUUGUCAUAGGCCUGCGAAUGUUGGGCUGGAGUAUACACGAAAGCUUGCUUGGAAUGGAACCCUACAACAACACAUUCCUGUGCUGGAACCACAUGGAAGUGCUGAGAUCUCGGUGGGGCUGACAGUGCUCUGCCGCGGUGAAUUCGAGAUUUCAGCAUCGGUAGAAGAGGUGCAGGUCUGGGAUGGCCCUGUGUCUGAGGCCACGCGAACGCGAUCCGAGUCGCAGACGAGAAUGGAUGCGGCUUUGGGAGUAAAGGAGAGACGGAUGUGGCAUGCAAGACGGCCUUGUCUAUUGAUGACGAGGGAUCGCAAGUAG